AUGGAAGUUCACGGGCCGUUAUACCCAGAUUUCCUUCUUCAUGCCCUGAAGCUUUUCGAUCAGCACUUCGCCAGCCCUUCUCGAUUGUCGUUUUCGAUUUUGCCGCGUGUUAAGGAGCUUGGAUUGGCUUCUUAUGUUCUUGGCAUCAACAUACCAUUCUAUAAUAGCUUGAUGAAGAUAUACUGGGAGCGCUACGGCGAUGCGAACGCUGUUAUCUCUUUGCUCAAGGAGAUGCGGCACGCAGGAGUAUUCUUUGAUGAGACAGCCUUGAGCAUUGUCGAUUCCAUCAGGAAAUUCCAGCAAAAAGCCGCAAGCGGCGCCAAGGGACAGUGGCGUGAAGCCCUGAUGACAAUGCCUGAAUUCGAGCCAGUCGUGGAGAUGAGGGCAAAGCACUGGUCAAACGUUUUCAGAAAGAGCAUCAGCAAAUUUGAGAAGAAUCUAGCAGUCUAA